UGGUUGCUAGUGGAGCAGGGAGCGUUGUAUGUUCAAUUUUCUCUGGAUACAUCAAUGCUGGGUCAUUAUCAAGAACUAUGGUACUAGAUGGUACGAACGGUAAAUCCCAGAUCGCCUGUUUAGUGGGAUGUGUUAUUGUCAUAAUCAUGAUAUUAGCAAUUGGACCAUUGUUUUACUCAUUACCAAAGUGUGUUUUGUCAGCAGUAAUAAUUAUAAACCUACGAACGAUGUAUCUUCAAAUAUUAGAGGUACCAUCACUGUGGCGCACAUCAAAGUUUGAUUUUGUUAUAUGGAUGGUGACCUUUCUGACCUCAUCCAUUCUUGAUGUAGAUAUUGGCAUAGCUUCAAGUCUGAUAUUUUCUCUAUUGACUGUAUCAUUACGAACACAAAGUCCUUCGUCAUAUACACUAGGAUUUGUUGGGAAAACAAAUCAGUUAAAAUCAGUAGAAAGAUAUGAUCCCGUUGUUGCGCCAGACAAUGUUAGAAUAAUUCAGUUCCAAGCCCCUAUUUACUUUGCUAAUGCCGACAUAUUUGUGAAGAGUGUGGUCAAGUUGACUGGUAUUGAUCCAGUAAAGGCCAGGAAGAAACAGAAACAGUUUAAUCAAGUGGAGACAAACAUAAGCCCGACGGAUUUGACGGAAAAUUGUGAUCUAACAAUGCAAAUAGAGUCAAAGAUGUCAGAAAAAUUUGUUGAUGGUGUAGAAAUCGUUAUACUUGAUUUUUCUGGAGUGAAUUUUAUCGAUAUUGUUGGAAUAAAGGCGUUAAAAAGGGUAUAUACAGAUUAUAACAGCAUUGGAAUUCAAGUAUUUAUAGCUAGCUGCAAUGAUACUGUUACAACCAUGAUGACAUCUACAGACUUUAUGAAGGAUUAUGAAGAAACAGUAUAUUUAACAGUGAAUUGUAUACUUACACAUAAAAAACUGAGAUCAGGCUUACAAGUUUGAUACAAUUCUUAUAAAUUUUCAACUGUGUUGAAUAAUAAAUAUUGCAUGCAAUUGGAAGUUGUCAUUUUCUACAUACAUUUUG